ACAUGUUGUCGUAUGGCGUAAGUAAAUAACUCGUGAAGGAUUCUCGCGGGUAAUUUACACUCACCAUGGCGUCCUGACAUUGUGUUCAAGAUAGCGUGAUCGGACCGCGUGUCGCGAGACAAAAGGAUUGGUUCUUUUUGAAUGACAAAGCUAGAGUGAUGCAACAAUCACUUUAGACAACAACCUCUUUCACAGCGCAAAAUUACUUCAACGAAUUAAAUGGGUAAUAUCGAAUCCGGAAAUGUUGAUAGCGCUGUGACAUAAAAGACAUAUAAAUAUUAAACAGGGUUCGGCGAGAACACAGAAUUUGCCUUUGUAGGUCGAAAGGCAUAACGUGGAGAGCUUAAGGAAGAGUUCACCAACCAUUUUACAUGUGCGAGAUCACUCAGAUAAGACAAGAUGAAAAAAAUGUUAUGUGGUUUCACUUUGUUGAUGAUCCUCUCUUAUGGACCUUCAAAUCUUGUGAACGCAAAAGGCGCCAUGGUAACGAAAGGCGACGUCAUCAUUGGCGGUUUGUUCGCGAUACACAAAAAAAGUAAAAAGUCAGAAAACGAAUGCGGGGAAUUCAACGAACUGAACGGCUACCAAUAUAUGGAGGCAAUGAUGUUUGCCAUCGAUAAAAUUAACCAUGACAAGAGUAUCCUGCCUAACAUUACCCUCGGGACACAAAUCUACGACACCUGCUACAGUAAAACCAUCGCGGCAGAUCGUGCGAAGGAGUUUAUCAAGCAAAGCCUGGUCGAUAACAACAGUGGACAGUUGGCUGGAGUUGUGGGCGCACUUACUAGCGAAGUUUCCUUGGUGGUGGCAAAUUUUCUUCGAGUUUUUGAGAUACCUCAAAUCAGCUACGCUUCAACAAGCGAGGUUCUCAGCAACAAAGAUAUCUAUAGCUACUUUCUACGCACCGUGCCACCUGAUUCGUUUCAAGUUAGGGCGAUGAUAGAUAUCAUAAAAAAAUUCGGCUGGACCUACAUCUCGACCGUUAACUCGCCAGGUGAAUAUGGUGAAAACGGCAUACGGAAUGUUAAGAAACUUGCCAGGGAAGAAGGUAUUUGCAUUGACGUGGAGAAACAACUGAGUUCAUUUCCGACCGAUCGGGAAUACAGGGAUGUUAUCGAAGCUCUUUUGAAGAGCGCUAGGGAGACCAACAUGUCAACGGUUGUGCUGUUCCUGUCGCAAACGGAUGCAAGGAAGUUGUUUGAGGCGGCAAGCAUGUACGAUGAUGCACAGCGGUUUACGUGGAUUGGUAACGAUGGUUGGAGCAACAUCGAAGAUAUCACCGCUGAGGCUGGUGAAUCCGCUCUCGGGCUCCUCGAGAUUGAGAUACAACGCGGUGAAGUGCUGAAGGAGUUUAAGGAUUAUUUCUUGAACCUCAAUUUAACAAAUUAUCCCAGAGGACAUAUGGGGUGUUUUCACGAAUUCUGGGAGGAACAUUUCCAUUGUCAUCUUACUGGAAGCCAGAGUCAAAUUAACAAAAACAAAUUCAAUAAAACCUGCAGCGGUAAUGAAACCUUGGCAAACACUGUCCCUGAAUUCAGUCCAGUCCGCGUGGUUAUUAACGCAGUGUACGCCUUUGCGCACGCGUUGGACAGCCUUCAAAAAGAACUUUGUCCGGGGCAAGAAGGGAUGUGUAAAGAAAUGAAGGAUUUUAAACGUCCUCGCCUUUUGGAGCACCUUAAAAAUGUCUCAUUCCAAGAUCCAACGUUGAAAACGACUGUAGAAUUCGACGAGAAUUUAGAAGUCAGCGCUAUGUAUGAUAUUUUAAAUGUACAGAAAAAGAACAACGUUCGUAGAUUCACUCGCGUGGGUGGCUGGAACGGUCACCAAAAGGGCGGGAAAAUUUAUGGGCGGCUCGAGUUAAACACGGAGAAAAUACAGUGGCGUCGGAGUUUGCCAACGGCACCGCCAUCUUUUUGUACAAGUGAAUGCGAACGCAACUCGAUUCGCGUGCCUUCGCCAGAACGGCCGUUCAAGUGCUGCUGGCAAUGCAAGGGGUGUGGCAAGUUACAGAUCGUGAACGUGAACAACACGUGCGUAUCUGGUCCGGACGGAUGGCAGCCAAAUGCAAACUACACUGGCUUUGACAAACGCGAAGUAUUGUACCCAACAUGGAACGAUCCUGCAUCAAUUGCUUUUAUUCUCAUCUCCAUAGUAUGUCUCUUUUUAACUUUAUUUACGGUUUUAAUCUAUUUCAAGCACAAGGACAACCGUCUUGUGAAAGCUUCGGGAAGAGAGCUUUGCUUUGUGAUCCUCGCUGGAAUAUCAUUGUGUUUCAUCUUACCGUUCAUGUUCAUCGCGAAGCCAAACGAUCCUGUGUGUUAUGCGCGGAACCUGGUCAUCGGGCUUGCGCUCGCCAUGUGCUACGCACCGCUGUUUAUGAAAAUCAACAGAAUUUACCGCAUUUUCACUAGCGCCAGGUCUUCGGUAGCUCGGCCCGCUCUGGUAACACCGCGAAUGCAAUUGUUGGUGACCCUCGCACUGGUCUCAAUCCAGCUCAUGUUUACAGCCCUGUGGUUCGUUGCAAAGCCGGUGCGGGCGAAGGAAACGUACUACAGCGAACGGGAGGAGUUGGUUUUGGAAUGUGAAGUCGACGCCUUAAGCUUCUCCGUGAAUCUUUGCUAUGUGAUGGUGCUGAUGGCUUUGUGCACUGCGUAUGCAUUUAAAACUCGCACGUUCCCGAAGAACUUCAACGAAUCUAAAUACAUCGGAAUAACUAUGUACGUAACAUGCGCCACUUGGACGUGUUUUUUCCCGUUUUACUUAAACACAAAAUACAGCUCGACUCAUGUUUACCUCGUAUCCGGCGCGUGCAUCUUGAUAGGACUCGUCACCCUGCUCGGCCUAUUUGCGCAAAAAGUCUACAUUAUUUACCUCGUUCAUGACUUGCGCACCGACGAUUUGGUCAUGACGUCGCGAUCUCUUCCGAGGCGUUCCGAAGACAAGCGAGAGAUCUCCGCGAACAUUGAUAUGACGGAAAAGAUGAAUGGUGGCGCGAACGGCCAUUAUGAAGGGGUCGUGUGUUAAAAAGAAAAACAAAGUUUCAACAGUUUCAAAGUCGAGUAAAUCUAGUAUUAACUAGCGCACAAAUUUUGUAUAGGUCCAUCAGAAAGUAUAUCAGAUAUGCUUUCACCAUUAUGGACUUCGCAUGAGCCUAAUUCUGUAGUAAAUAUAUCAUAUUUUACACUAAAGACGCAAAUACCUGCUGAACAUUUUCGAAAGUGUUCUCGUGUCUCGUUCAUCGUCUCGAUGCAUGAUUAUAAAUCGCGUCAUCGCUUGUUUGUGCAUGCACUCAUUGCAAACUACGCGGCGAAAACCAAUAUAAAAGAACUGGUGCCGUCAAGCCAAUUUAGCUUUUAGGUUGUUCCAGUUCUCAUAUAGAGUGCAUCAUAUUAACGCGACGGCCACAAAUCCUGUGUGCAAAGUGAAGGCUAGUUUCCACUCAGGAAAAUUCUCCUUUGGAUCGGACAGGACAGGAAAGUUUCCUUUGUAUAAACUCCGCCCGAGAACUCACCGACAAAAUCCAGACGAAAUUUUUCCUGAGUGGAAACUAGCCUUUAGUCGGAUCGCCUUUUAAACUACAAGUGAACUGUUACAGUGUUGCUGCUACAAGAGUUCGGUCAAACAGAUUUGAAUGACACGUCAUGUAAGGCAAAACGAAGACACGAGCCACGAACCUCGCUGUAAAUAGAACUAUGCUGUUCUUCUGAACUAUGCAAACAUAAAGAAGAGUAAGAGUCUAUGUAUGCAAUAAAAGCCAAUUAUUCCAAUCAAGAUUCCUUAGUCAGAUCUCCAACUGUGAAAUAGUCUUUCUAGCAAGCUUGCUUUUACUAUUAAUAUAUAUUGAAAUCUAAUAAUAAGUGAAAUAAGAAGAGAAAAUGAUAUGUUUUGGCUAAAACGAUAGAGGAGUCUUCAAGAGAGACCGAGACAUAAAGGGAGGCAGAAGUUAUGUUAUGUUAAGCUUCCCCUUAAGGCCUUAAUGCAUCGGUUCUGGUCAUAACAAUGCGUAGGCUAC